UUCGCUCUUACUUUCAUUAAUAACGUGCGGUAUCGGGAGUGGUGAGCGUGACGUCACGAGAGAACAGCCAAUGAUAGGAUUUAAUACAGUAAUAGUAGCAAUAGACCAUCCGUCCAUUCAGUCAGGUGUUGAUCAAGGUGUUCGAUGCAUCGGAGAAAGUUAGCAUGCGGUUGGUGAUAGAAUGGAUGUCGUCAUGUCCACGAAAUCUUCCAAAUCUAUAUCUUUCUCGGUGGAUUCUCUUCUCUCCGAUCACGUGACUAAAAAAACUGAUGCAGAAUCCCAAAAUCCCAGGCGCCUUUUUACCGUAGAGGGUCUGUUGGAUGCGGAUGGUAUUAAAACAAAUGGGAUAUUGGAAAAUUUAGCAGAUUACGGUACUUCUUCAUCUGGAAGGCAAAUUAUAUCCGGUCAGUCUCCUAUUCCUACACCACCCGCUUGGGUUCAUCCCCUAGGAACUACUAUACCUUGGUUGCAAGCAGGACGUGCAUUAUCGCCGCCUAACAAACCGGGGGAACCACCCAAAUUACCAGCAAUGAAAUGUCAACUAAGAAAACACAAAAGCAACCGCAAACCUAGGACUCCUUUCACAACGCAACAACUUCUUGCCCUGGAAAGAAAAUUCCGUAAUAAACAGUACCUGUCUAUAGCGGAAAGAGCGGAAUUUUCUAGUUCCCUCAACUUAACCGAAACCCAGGUGAAGAUCUGGUUCCAAAAUAGGCGAGCCAAAGAGAAACGUCUAAAAGAAGCCGAACUAGAGAAAUUGCGUAUGGCUGCAAGACCUCUUCUACCCUCUUUCGGAUUUACUUUAGGUGGCCCAGGACCCUUUUUGCCACCUCCAGCUCAUUUCGGUUCCGCCUCCAGACCACUUCUAGGACAAUUGAUGGCACCCUACCCUCUUUAUUCCUGUCAACCGUCGGUCACUGCCUGUCCUCAAUAAACAGGUAGUGUAUCAGUGCUGUGGUAGCACAUGUACAGUAUACCUCAUGUACAUUGUUUUGUGGUAUCUAGACUGUGUUAACA